CCUCUCUUAAUUAAGCUCAUUCACAUACGUGCUUCACAAACAUUCCUUUUCUCCAUUAAUUUCAAGUGUUUCACAUCGAUCCUUUAUAGCAAUGGCAGUUGAACAAGUCCUUCACAUGAAUGGUGGUGAGGGAGAUACAAGCUACGCAAAUAACUCCACAUUUCAGAGAAUGGUGAUGCUUACCGCGAAACAUAUAGUUGAAGAUAGUAUAAUGAGAUUGUAUUGUGCAAAUAUUCCAAAUUGUUUGAUAGUGGCUGACUUAGGUUGUUCAUCAGGACCAAAUGCACUUUUGGUGGCAACUAACAUAAUCAACACUAUUGAUGCAUUGAGUCAAACCAUGAGUCAUGAACCACCAGUGUUUCAGUUUUUCCUCAAUGACCUAUUUGGAAAUGACUUCAACACCACCUUUAAAUCACUCCCUGAUUUUCAUAGAAGACUACAACAAGAUAAGGGAAACAAAUUUGGUCCUUGUUUCUUUAGUGGAACACCAGGCUCAUUUUAUGGUAGACUUUUUCCCAAUAAUUCCAUUCAUUUUUUUCAUUCCUCCUUUAGUCUCCAUUGGCUUUCUAAGACUCCGGAUGUGUUGCAAGAUACUGAAAAACCAUUAAACAAAGGAGCAAUUUACUUAACAAGGACAAGCCCUCCAGAAGUCCACAAAGCAUACUUUGCACAAUUUCAACAUGACUUCACAUUAUUUUUGAAAUCACGUUCAUGUGAACUCCUUUCUGGUGGUGCUAUGGUCCUAACACUUAUUGGCAGAGAUGAACUAAAUGAACUCAUAAAUGCAUGGGUUGUUAUUGGCAUGGCACUCAAUGACAUGGCCGCUGAGGAAUUGAUAGAGCAAACAAAAUUGGACUCUUUUAACAUACCAUCCUAUUGUCCUACAUCAAAUGAAAUUAGACAAGUGAUUGAAGAAGAAGGAUCUUUUCAUGUUCAAAGGUUAGAGACAAUUAGAACGGAUUGGAUAAAAAACAUUGAUGUGAGUGAUGAUUACUCUCUUAAUAAUGUUGAUGGAAUUGAAGACACAAGAGCUGAGGCAGUAGCAAAAUAUAUAAGAGCUGUUGCUGAACCAAUUUUGAAGUCAGAGUUUGGAGAAAUAAUCAUGGAUGAAUUAUUCAUAAGGUUCAAAAACAAAAUUGUUCAACUUUAUGGAGUUGAGAAAUUGGAGCUCGCUAAUUUAGUCAUGCACAUCACUAAACGUACUUGAAAUUGUUGAACCUUUCAUCAAAGACUUUGACUUAUGGACUAUAUUUUUUUAUUUUAAGCAAUGCGAGUAAAUUAAUGCUGUUAUUAUUAUAUUAUACAAUUUGAUGUAAGCGUAUAAUUUGUUACUUUGAAAUUUUAAUUUUGGAAUCAACUGUUUAGUAUUUAUUCACU